UCCCGCUUCACCCCAACAUCUCCUGUACCACAAGCCUCUCACGAAAGACCCCUGGCUCUAAAUCCACCGCCGUCAUGCCUCGCAAAGCCGCGCCCGCCUAUGUCCUAGGCGUAGGAAUGACCAAAUUCAUCAAGCCGAGAGGAAAGGUCGACUACCAUGAACUCGGUUUCGAAGCCGGCGUGAAGGCAAUGUUGGAUGCACAGAUCAACUACGACGAGGUCGACCAGGGAGUGGCAUGCUAUUGCUACGGAGAUUCGACAUGUGGACAAAGAGUCUUUUACCAAUUCGGCAUGACCCAGAUCCCCAUUUACAAUGUCAACAACAACUGCGCGACGGGGAGCACCGGUCUCAACAUGGCCCGCCAGGCCAUUGCGUAUGGCGCCGCCGACUGUGUUCUCGUCGUCGGCUUCGAGAAGAUGUCGCCCGGUAGCCUCCAAGCCUACUUCAACGACCGCGAAAACCCCACCGGCACCACGAAUGCCAUGCUGAAGGCGACCAGAGGUGUCACGAACGCCCCCGGCGCGGCCCAGCUCUUCGGCAACGCCGGACGCGAAUACAUGGAGAAGUACGGCGCAAAAGCAGAGGACUUUGCGGAAAUCGCUCGCAUCAACCACGAGCAUAGCAAGAGAAACCCAUACUCUCAAUUCAUGGACGAGUACACACUAGAACAGAUCAUGAAGUCGCCCAUGAUCCACGCUCCCUUGACGAAACUCCAAUGUUGCCCGACCUCGGACGGUGCCGCGGCCGCCGUGAUCGUCUCUCAGGACUUCCUGGACAAGCGACCGCAUCUCAAGUCUCAGGCGAUCCUCAUCGCCGGCCAGUCAAUGGCCACCGACUCGACCGACCUUUUCAGCCGCUCGGCGAUCGACCUGGUUGGAUAUCAGAUGACCGUAUUCGCCGGCAAGGAGGCCCUGAAGCAAGCCGGAAUCACCGCCAACGACGUCAGCAUCGUCGAGCUGCACGAUUGUUUCAGCGCCAACGAAAUGUGCGUCAUCGACGCGCUCGGCUUGUCCCCCAAGGGCAAGGCCCACGAGCUGGUCCGACAGGGUGGUAUCACGUACGGUGGUAAAUAUGUCGUCAACCCGUCCGGUGGUUUGAUCUCCAAGGGCCAUCCUCUUGGUGCAACUGGACUUGCCCAAUGUGCCGAACUCACUUGGCACCUGCGAGGUUGGGCCAACAACCGCCUCGUCAAGGACACAAAGUACUGUCUCCAACAAAACCUGGGUCUCGGCGGUGCCGUCGUCGUGACCGUGUACAAGCGAGCGGACGGAAAGGCUGCGUCUCCCGUGUCGGACUCGGAGGUCGGAAAGACCAAUCACCUCGGAUACAAUCCCGCGACCCAGGCUAAGGGCUUCACGAUCGAGCAGGCCAAGCAGGUCUUGAGUAGGAAGUCCUUCUCUGACUGGGCUGUCCAGGACGUCCAGAGCAAGGUCCAGGCCAGGUUCUAGUCGACCGGGGAGUAUGUAGGAAACUGUAAAGGCAGCAUUAUUGAACCUGUAUAGAAACAGUAUAUUGAAACCGUACAGAAUUAG